AUGGCUGAAGUACAUGGCUCCUGUGAUGCGGCCUUCCAUUCCUUGCGUGAUCUUUUACAACAGAGGCUCGCAGGAGGCCAUGAAGUGGGUGCUUCCCUUUGUGUAAAUAUCGACGGAAAAGACGUCGUGGAUCUUUGGGGUGGUUAUGGAGAUGCAGACCAGACCAAACCAUGGGACAAAGAUACAAUUACUUCAAUAUGGUCAACAACCAAGAUUGUCACUACUCUAGCGGCUCUUAUCCUCGUCAACCGUGGCCAACUUGAUUUAAAUGAGAAUGUAGCCACAUAUUGGCCUGAAUUUGCGGCAAACGGCAAAGAGAAUAUCAAGGUCUUUCAAAUCCUUAGCCAUUCAUCUGGAGUUAUUUCCCUGGAUCGAGACCUCACUCUGGAAGAAAUGCAAAACAGGGAGGAAUUGGUUCUGAAACUUGCUGAAGAACUGCAAGAUGAGGAGAAAAUUACUGCAAGACUUGCUGAGCAAGCCCCCUGGUAUACCACAGGCAGCGCCUAUACAGGUACAAUGUAUGGCCAUUUGGUUGGCAAGAUUAUCCGAUGUGUUACGGGGAAAUCUUUGAGUCAGCUCAUUACUGAGGAGAUUACAGAGCCUUUAGGGGUUGUUGACUUCUGCCUUGGGCUACCCGAGAAGGAAAUUUCCCGAACUGCCGAAACUAUUCCAUUUCCAUUAGAUCAACUAUUUCCUAUUACUGCUCUUGACCCUACUAGUAUUCUAGGUCGGGUUAUGCGAUCAUCUUUGGUUUAUCCGACACUUCCUAAUACAGCCGUCUUACGGAAUUCUCAGAAUGGAGCUAUGGGUGGAUUCUCAAAUGCUCGUGCCAUGGCACGUAUUGCAUCUAUAGUCUCGCUGGAUGGUACUGUUGAUAGGAGACAGUAUCUUUCUCUUCAAACCGUGGAUGAGAUGAUGAGAGAGAGAAUCCGAGGCUUUGAUCUAUGCCUUAAUGGAAAAGUUUGCUUCGGUCUCGGAGUUGCACGGCCGUGGAGCGAGAGCAUACAUCCUCUUAUCCCAGAAGAAGAUGGCGUCUGUUUCUGGUCCGGCUAUGGAGGAUCUUUCGUGAUUAUGGAUCGCCGCCGACGGAUGACUAUCUCAUAUAUUAUGAACAAGCUGGAGAAUCGGUCUGCUGGUAAUUCAAACUUUGACCUGUAUUUACCUGAGAUAGAGAAGUGCUUUGCGGAACAUGCUAAAGCUUAA